AUGGAUAAAGGAGCAGUCGUCCGUGAUGACCUAAUCCGUUAUCAGUUUCCCUGCGACAUGAUGAGGCCAUCCAAAUUCGAUGCAGAUGGGGGAGACCCUGCUACCCUGGCUAGAAGUCUGUGGUCGCCUGAGGAAGUGGCAAUUAUGGUUUACUUUACUUCUCGACAGAUUCAUCCCAAGGCACUCCGGUACCUGCUCUUGCGUCGAGGUUAUGACCGGUCUACUUGCGCUAUUGAGCACAAAAUUUUCUCAAUAAACCAACAACAUCCACAGCUGAAGAGUCGCGGAGAUUGGAACUGGGAUGUUGUUGACCACUGGAUCGACGACUUACUCGGAAAUCAUGAUUCAGUGAAUAAGUUGGUUCUAUUUUCACUCGCGGAUGCCGAGGACAUGGCAACUAAUCAACAGAUUGAAGAACCUUUGAGACUCCUCAACCUUCGCCGCCCCGCCCUAUAG